AUGUUUGCUCCAUAUCAAGAUGCUCCACCGGAACAAGCCCGGGCGAUGUCCCCCCCUCUUCAAGGCACAUCUCCUCGCCGAGUUGCUUCCCCUCCAAUCUCCCGUCCACUCUCUCCUCCGGUUCCAACAAGAAGUCCAGUGUCGUAUCCCAGGGCCGAUGAACAGUCCGGUGGUAUAGACCGAGGAAGGGAUGCUGUGGAUUUGUUCGCCACGAAGCUUGGAUUACGGAUGGACAUCGAGGCAUGUUUGGCAUAUCUGUUGCUUCCACCCGCUGGACCCGUCAUGCUCCUUGUCUUUGAGAGUUGGAGUGACUAUGUGAGGUUCCACGCAUGGCAAUCAAGUCUCUUAUUCGCCUUUCUCUUCAUCAUACACAUCAUCUUCUCAUGGACGAGCAUCAUAUCAUAUCUCCUUCUCGUUGUGGAUAUCCUCCUAAUAGCGUGGUUGACAUAUCGCGCAUAUAGUGAUGCGGAGACGUUGGAUCGAUAUCAGAUCCCAUUCUUUGGACCAUUGGCGAGCUCUAUCGUUGACGAUGAAUAG